UUAAAUGAGAAAAAAAGGAAACAAUUUAAAAAAUGCGAAACAAGCACGCCAUAAAGCACUGUAUGCCAUACAUAUCAAUGAGAACGACAACGACGGAUCGAUUGCUAUUAAAACCGGUUUACUGGAUAAUUUUCCGACAACGCCACCGGCUGUGACCCUGCGCGGCUUUCUCUCACAGGGAAAGUUUUCCUGUAUAAGGGGUUGCAUUCAUCAAUCAUGAUAACAAGAGAUUCCAACGCAUAGCAAAUCGUCAAAAAGUUAUAUACAAAAAUCAAUAAAUCCAGAGGAAUUAAAAUUUAUAUAAAGUCGCUUUAGCGACAGCCUGAUGAGCCACGGCCGAGGGAAAAAAUGAAAAGCACGAGCGCGAGGAGAAAGAGGGUACGAGUGUGUGGUUAUAAAGCGAUCCAGUUUCAUCGAAAUUCUCAGUUUGUCGUACACGUAUCGCACAGCAUACAAACCCUAUUAAAUCUGCGACGAAUAAGUCAAAUGCAAAUAUGAAGACGGGACCGGUUUUGCAAUUGGUGUUAAUCGUGAUGCUGUUGAUUGGAUCUUCGGAAGAAUUCUUUUUCCAAUAUCCUAAGAAGGCUUUGACGGAGUUCUUCCAAUCUUUGAAGGCAAAGCAGCUGCCUAAAACGAACGUACAGCAUUAUCAUGUACAUUAUUAUCCCAUACCUUUCCCUAUGUUAGCCUGGAGAGCGCCGGAAAAACGAGAUCUUGAGAAACUUUAUAACGAUCAUCUAAGAUCUCUCGGAUGGUCAGAUCACCACUACAAGUAUAUGCCCGAGCCUUCGAUAAUCGUAUCGUCAGGCCCGCAUCCUUUGUUGGAUAAUAUCGAACCUUGGGAUGGUAUCAUCGAACCUUGGGAUAGUACUUGGGACGAAAAUAUUUUAGGAUCCGACGACGUACAAUCUUCGAUCGAUCGUAACAUGAAGGGUAUACUUGUUCAAGUUCCUGUCAAUCAACAGUUAGUGUUUCAUUUAUUGAAGAAAAGACAAAAACAAGUGACAACGUAACAUCGCUUGAUCUUUGCAUUGCAAAGUAACGGUUGAUUGAAAUCGGUAUCAAAACACUAAACUUUCGUUAAUUUAAUUUUAGAUUAAUUAAUUAAAACUUAGCCUUUAAACGUUUAUCUAAUCUGUAUUUAUGAGGAGUUAUUUAUUACAAGCAUA